AUGGAUGGGAAGCCAGAUGGCGGCGACCAGGACCAGGGAGGUAAGGCGGUGUCAGCCGGGGAGAAACUCGCAGCUGCAAACAAAGGCACGGCUUGGCUGGUAGGGGAGGGCUUGAGAAGGGCAAGGGCGAGCCAGACCCAACUGUCACUACUGUCACUACGGUCACUACUACUCUACUGGCACCAGGAUUCCAGGAAAGCAUGGCAGGAAAGAGUAACUCCAUGAACCAACUUCUCAUUCGUCGACAUUAUUCUCACUCCCCCUCACCGUUUGGCCCAGCAGCACCAGCCACGGUGACUUGCUACGCAUCCUCGCAUCCUCUCGCCCAUGUUCACAGGCUCGACAGGCUACUCGAGUAUUGA